UCACUAGUAUUAUAUUAUAGUGUGCAGUUGUGUUUCGAGCGGCCGUCGAGCUUGUCGCGUGUGCACACGGUGUUCACAAGUCGUGGAAAAAAAAUAUUAAAAUAAUAAUAAUWAUAACGCCAUAAACACUCUACGUUAUUAAAACAUUUUCCUAUUAAAUCUAAUAAUCGAAUAUUUUUAUAUUUUUAUCUCCGCGGUCGUGUGCCGGUGCUGUACAAUAAGUYGACUGAAAAAUCCUCUGAUAGACGUGCAACGAGUGCCGUCRUAUUCUGCCUAAGKUUUUCGCGGUAAACGCAGUCUUCGAGAUGGGUCGAAAGUUCCCGUUGCUCACGUCGUGUCUGGGUUGCCCACUCAAGACCGGAGCCAUCAUCAGCGGCGUCUACGGAAUAGUUAUUGCCAUAUUCACUCUGAUCAUGAUUCUGACUAACGACAUCAAAAUACAGACGAUCGUCAUAGAUUUCUUACCCAAAUCUGUCGUGCAUAUCAUUGUAGCAAUCAACCUGCUUAUGACUAUAUUAAUAUCGUCUCUGCUUUUGGUCGGGAUUUUUAUGCGAAAGAAGAUAUUGAUGCUUCCUUGGAUAGUACUAACGAUCAUGUUAUGCAUUGCUAGUCAUAUCUGUGAUAUACACUACUAUUGA